GGACCAGCUUGGAGCAACCACAUCGAAAUCGAGCUCUGCUCUCCAUCUGCAUCUGGAGCAAAACAACGAGGACCUAUUAACUGCAGCUCUUGCCAUCGAAGAAUUCCUCAAUCUCAUUUUCGAUAUAGAAAACGAUAACCGUCUUCACUCCCCAUCCGACCUCGCCUCCGCUUCGCCCAGCCUCAUAAUCCUCCAUCACCUCAACCAUGGGCGCAGAUCCCCAAUACGCGAAAUGGCCGCUUCUGCCUCUCUCGCAGCACGUCUUCACCCUGACUAACUCGUACGCCUCCCGCGCAUCGCAGCAGAUUGCAGUCAAGGGCCUCCAGGAUGCCAUCGCCGAGCACAAGAUGGCACCUUUCUACCGGUACCUCGCCCAUCCGGUGGAAGGCAUCCUGAACGCCGUCGGCGAGGGCGGCUCCACCGCCCCGGGCAUCCCCCCCAGCAGGAAGUCGAGCGUAGCCGGUAUGAUUGCAACCAAGAGCCAGACGGCGAGUGUGAGCCUGCCGUGGGACGAGAGCCUGUACCAGCAGCUCAAAGAGGACAAUGACCGCGAACUGGAAGCGUGCCAGAAGGAAGAGGACGAGGCUGUUGAACAGGCUGGCGAUACCGAGGUCAUGGCGGCGAGGGGCAAGAGGGCCGAGUUUUGGGCGAGGGCGGGCGACAAGGAGAAAGCAAUUGCCGCCUACGAGGACGUUUUCGAGAAGACUGGUAUCCUUGGAACCAAGAUCGAUCUUGUGCUUGCCAUCAUCCGGGUGAGCCUCUUCUACGGCGAUAAGGUCCUCGUGAAGAAGCAUGUUGAGCGGGCCAAGACGCUUGUCGACAGCGGGGGUGACUGGGACCGCCGCAACAGGCUGAAGGCCUACGAGGGACUUCACCUCCUCACAGUCCGGAGCUACAACCUGGCAGCUCCCCUCCUUCUCGACAGCCUGUCGACCUUCACCUCCUACGAGCUCUGCACCUACAGCAACCUAGUUGUCUACUCGGUCCUCGCCGGUUCCGUCUCUCUCAAGCGCCUCGACUUCAAGAGCAAGGUGGUCGAUGCUCCCGAAAUCAAGGCCAUCCUUGGCGACGGCGACGACAAGCUCCUCGCUCUCAGCGGUGCCAUCUCCGCGGGGCCUGGUGUGGAUGCCGACAUGCAGGACGCUAGCACGGCCUCCGCCGCCGCCCGGAAGACGGUCGUCAACCUGACCACGCUGGGCAGCAGCACGGAUCAGCCCGAGGCGGAGAUGGCGGUCGACUUCAGCCCGCUCGCCCAGCUGGUGAGCAGCCUGUACAACGGCAGGUACAAGUCCUUCUUCCAGGCCCUCGCGCAGGUCGAGGAGCAGUUCCUCACCCAGGACCGGUACCUGCAGGAGCACAAGAACUGGUUCAUCCGCGAGAUGCGCCUUCGUGCGUACCAGCAACUCCUGCAGAGCUACCGCGUUGUGGGCUUGGAGAGCAUGGCGAACGAUUUUGGCGUCACCGUCGACUUCCUGGACCAUGACCUUGCAAGAUUCAUCGCCGCCGGCCGCAUCCCCUGCACCAUCGACCGUGUCACCGGCAAGGGUGUCAUCGAGACCAACCGGCCGGAUGACAAGAACAAGCAAUACCAGGACGUCGUGCGCCAGGGUGACCAGCUGAUUACAAAGCUCCAGAAGUAUGGCCAGGCCGUCAGGUUGAGAGGGAGCGAGAGGGCAUAAUUGCAUCUCUUGGGAGCGGGUUUUUCUAGAUCCUUUGCCUCGAGAUUGCUCUAGAGGGUAGAGUGAUGUACUCAGGCUACUCAAGCGGGAAAGUUACUUUCCAUAAUGGCUGGGAUCAUUGAUAAAGGGGGUCAGCCACUGCCAGUCAAACAGCAUGAUUCUAAUACGUGUAUGAUACCUAGAAUAGAAAGGGAAAAUUGCACCCUGGGGUUUAAGCUUGUCUCGAGAUCAAAGUCUUGGGUCGAGUGGGAACGUCAUCUUUUCUCCCUUUAUAUAAAAUCUAGUUUGAAACUAUCAUCCCCAACUAUACGGAUGCCUUGCCGGCUUUCUAAGUUGAAA